AUUUGUUUUUAUCAUCGGAGCCUCAGCAGCAACAGAUUUUCCGAAAGUUUGCAUUGGACAGUAGAUCAUGGCGAGAAAGACAGUCACCUUCUUCCUCCUCCUCCUCGUUGAUGUCAGUGUUAUUCUCUCUACUACCCUUUGCAACGCUGGCGACACCUUGACUCCUCAACAGUCUCUGCUCGACGCCAACGGAACGACUCUGCUCGCAUCUGGAAGCAGGUUCGAGCUGGGCUUCUUCAGCCCCCCCGGCGCCGAUUCUCCCUACCGCUAUGUCGGCAUCUGGUUUUACAACAUCUCAGCUCCAACCCUCGUUUGGGUCGCUAACCGCCGGAGCCCUCUCACUGAUCGCUCCGGACGCCUCUCUCUAACCACCAACGGAACGCUCCUCCUCACCAGCGACAACUCGACGACGGUCUUCUGGUCCUCCAGCACCAGCUCCGCCUCCGUGAGGAGCCCCGUUGCUCAGCUUCUCGACAAUGGUAAUUUCGUCGUCAUGGGAGCCUCCCCGAGCAAUUAUGUAGCGUGGCAGAGCUACGAAGACCCGACGGACACGAUCCUCCCGGGGAUGAGAUUUGGCCGAAACAAGACCAGCGGGUUCAAUCUCAACCUCACAUCAUGGACGAGCCUCAGCGAUCCGACGCCGGGGGACUACGUGCUGGGCAUCAACAUGGACGGCGUGCCGGAGGAGUUCUUGUGGCAGGGGACUCGGCCGCGGUGGCGAUGGAAGUCCACACCUACGAGCCGGUGA